CGUAAGAGCUUAGGUGUAAACAACGCAGUUAAUUGUCAAAUAAAAACUAAUCAAUGUUAUAGCCGAUGUACUUUUCUAUACAAGUUUAAUGGACAUGUAAAACUUUCAAGGAUAGUAUUUUCAGGACACUGUCAUCGAUUUAAAAUGAUUUGAAUUAGAUAAGAGAAAUGACACACAAUACUGCACUGAUUCUGAAGAUUACAGACAAAAUUGAACAAUACGUUUAGUAUGGCGGAUCUUGAUCAUCGAAAUCGAGUUGUUUUUCUUGGCGCAGGAGAUGUCGGGAAAAGUUCAAUAUUACAACGCUUUUUAUUUGAUACUUACGAUGAAAAAUACACAGAAACAGUUGAAGAUUUGUUUUCUAAGGAAUAUGACAUUAAAGGUAUUCACUUAAAAGUAGAUUUUCUUGAUACGGCUGGUAAAUUUGCUUUCCCAGCAAUGCGGCGCCUCAACAUUGUGAAUGCUCACGGCUUCGUUCUAGUUUAUUCGAUCACAAAUGAACAAACAUUUGAAGAAGUCAAACAAUUAUGGGAGCAAAUUAAAGAAAUGCGAGAAAAUUACGAGGAAAUUCCGUGUGUAAUUGUGGGCAAUCAUUUGGAUCAGGAAGAUAGUCGACAAAUUGAGAGAUUCGAUGCUCUGAACUGGGCAUACAACGAGGAUCUAGCGGGAGGAUUUAUUGAAGUUUCUGCUAAGGAAAAUAUUGGAAUGUCAGACAUUUUUAAAAUACUUCUAGAGCAGGUUAAUCACCCUAGAGAUAAACAUACUGACCAUUUCUCGCUUCGUCGAAUGAGUGUUCAUUUUGUAGAAAACAACGAAACGGAUACUUCUGACCAUCACGAAGGUCAAGCAGAUUUUACACGAAGUCGAAGUCGCAGUUUGAUAAGAAGGGGAAGUAAACCAAAAACGAAGCGGUCAAGUAAAUCAAAGAGCGAUUGUGUUGUAUCUUAGUGGUCAGCAUUCACUGGACCAGUAGUGAAGUUGGACUACUGCUUCCAGUGUUUCAAAUUAUUCUUGUACAUUGGAUAUUAUCUAUUAAUUAUGACCAAAUUACAACAGAGAGCUCUUGCACUUAGACUUAAAAAACAUAUAUAUGCGGUUGAAGUUCAAUAAAUGCUCAGUAACGUUAUGAUUUGCUAUCUAGUUCAACUUGGUUCUUUAUUAAUUUCUGCACCAAAAAAAUUGAAGAUAAAAAUAAUAAAACUAGACGAACAAAUAUUUGAAUCACUGAAUUUUACGAUUUUUUAAAACUCUAUAGCAGUUCUUUACAUCACAUACUAAUUAUAAUUUCAUUUCGAGUAUAUACAUAUGUUUCUUGAUGACGAAAAACAAUCUCUUGUAACAAUUUCGUCUUUAUAAACC